AUGAAAAAAGCAUCUACUCAGCCCGGUGUAACAUCGACUCCAAGAUCAAGGUACGGGCUUCACAUAACUUUGAUCCAAGGUUACUACCACACUUGUUCCACAUCCCGCCAUCAUGACGAUGCGUAUAGUACAGGCAAUAAUGACUUAAAUGUGAUACUUGCUAAUGGAUCAAUGUUUGCUGUUGUCAUUCAAACAGGGCAGUCAGUCGUUGCUUCUAUUGCCUUGUCGUUGCCUGCCCAGGUGCAAAAUGGCAGUGAAAAAAAAGAAAGUUUUCCGAAGAUUACGUGAAGCGUGGAUUUACCUUCAUAGAAAAAGACGAGUUACAAUUGCCUCAGUGUGUGAUAUUUAUGAAAGUUUUAAGUAAUUAUAGUAUGAGGCCCAAUCGCCUUGAAAGGCAUUUGAAGCAACAAAAUCCUACUCUAGUUUUGAAGACGAAAGAGUUUUUUUCUUCUAAAGCAGAAUCAAUCAAGCGAAUGAGACUGGAUAAGUCGGGAAGUUAUCACGCAGGUGUAUCGCAGCAUCUCAAAGCUUCAUUUCAAAUAGCUUUUAUGAUAGCAAAGCAAAAGAAACCUCAUACUAUCGGUGAAGAAUUAAUAAAACCAUGUGUUCUAAAAGCCAUGCAGAGGAGAAGAUACAGAACAAAAACUUAAGUCUAUUUCUCUUUCGAAUAACACAGUCAAGCAUAGAAUGGAUGACACUGUAGCAGACAUAAAGUCACAAAUAACUAACAAAGUAAAAUCAUCGCCAUUUUUUGCCAUUGGUUGCGACG